CAUUUGGUCAAGUCAGAUGUCAAGUAUUAUUUGAAACAAACUUUCAAAGUUGAUUGUUGAAAAGUUCCAACUAUUUUUUAUCAAAAAUAUAGAAACUAAAUAAUAAAUAUAUAUUUAAAAGAAUUAUAGACAGCCUGAUAUGCCUCCAAAACUGAAAUUCAGUGAAGGUGAAAAGGUUUUAUGCUUUCAUGGUCCCCUCAUAUAUGAAGCCAAAUGUUUGAAAUCAACAUUAACCAAAGAAAAGCAAGUCAAGUAUUUCAUACAUUAUGCUGGCUGGAAUAAAAACUGGGACGAAUGGGUUCCUGAAAGCAGAGUCCUGAAAUACAAUGAAGCAAAUGUUGCCAGACAAAAAGAGGUACAGAAGGCACACUCUGCUCAACCUGGCAAAGCCAAGAAGACUGUAAAGAAAAUCAAUGCCAAAACUGAAUCUGUCAAAGAUGGAGACUCCAGAGCUAGUACUCCAGUAGCUGAAGUAGCAAAACCUUUGAAAAAGAAGGAAAUCAGCACACCCUCUAGUGGUCAAGACUCAAGUUCUGAUGUUCCUAAAAAAAAGAGAGGCCGCUUGGAUCCAACAGUAGAGCCUGAAGAUCAAUUCUUAUGCAAAGUUGAAAUUAAAGUUAAAAUUCCUGAUGAAUUGAAGCCCUGGUUGGUUGAUGACUGGGAUGUUAUCACUAGGCAGAGGAAAUUACUCAAUUUGCCAGCUAAAACAACAGUUGAACAAAUUUUAGAUAAUUAUUUAGCUUAUAAGAAAUCUAUUAAGUCUAACAACUCCAGUAAAGAAUCAGCAACUAUAGAAAUAAUUAAAGGAAUCAAAGAAUAUUUCAGUGUGAUGCUGGGCACCCAAUUAUUGUACAAAUUUGAAAGACCCCAGUAUGCUGAAAUCCUCCAAAGCUACCCAGACAAACCACUAUCAGAAAUCUAUGGUGCAAUCCAUCUUUUGAGGUUAUUUGUGAAACUUGGACCUAUGCUAGCCUAUACACCUUUAGAUGAAAGAAGCAUUCAGCUUUUGUUACAAAAUGUUCAAGAUUUUCUCAAAUAUCUUGUUAAAAACAGUGCACAGUUGUUCAAUUUGCAGGACUAUGAAAAUGCUACCCCUGAAUAUCACAGAAAAGCUCUGUGAUGUAAGGAGACACAAGUGGGGCAUUUGUGACUGAUUUUUCAUAGUGUUAGUUGUUUAAAUUAAUUUUAUCAUUAGUGUUUUUAUAUUUGAGAUAUUUUGUUGAUUGCAUUAUAUGUAUAGUUGAGGUUUGUCACUAGGACUAUCACCCCCAUUGGAAAAGUUUUACAAUAUAUUUAUCUCCCAAUUCAUAAUAAUAUAUUUUUUGAUUUC